AUGUUCAACAUCAAGCAGUACCUCGAGGAAGGCAUCUUUGUGCCGCCAGAAGAGGCGCGGGCGCGCGCGAGGGGCGUGGCCGACCUCGUCGUCUCGAUCACCACAAGAGGCGGCGGACCGGGCGCCGGCGGCGGUGGCGGUGGAGGCAGUAGCGGCGCGGCGGGCGGCACGGGCAUCGGUCGACGCAUCCUGGUCGUCGACAAUGCCGAGGCCGUCAACCGGCUCGGCGGCAACUCGAUGGCCGCCGGCCUCGCGCAGGAUCCGUGGAACCGUGUCGUCGCCGUCUUUACCACGGGCCAGGCGUGGCAGUUUAAGACGUACAAGUGGUCCGAGCCGAGGGAGCUCUUCAAGAAUGUGAUGGGCGUCUACGUGCGAUGGCACAAUGAGCCGCAGAAUCCAAACGUGCGCGAGUGGAACGUGACCGAGCUGCAGGUCGACCGGACAAAACGACACACGGACAAGCAGGUCGUCGCCUUUCUCUGGCGCUCGCUCGAGACGUGGACGCAGAGGCGCAAGCCCCACCUCAUCUCCUGA